UUAUGUGGACAAAGGUGAGCGUUUCAACGAUUGAUUCUUCAGUUCAACCCACGUGCACAAAACGAACUCAGUAAAAUGGGUACUAGAUGGCGUCCGGAGCGGUCAAGUGAAGGGAGAGCAUGGGCGUCAUUUCGGCCUAGGCCUGGGAUGCCCGCCUCCUCUUCGUCUUCCUCUUCCUCUUCCUCUUCCUCUUCCUCUUCCUCCUCUUCGUCGUCCUCCUCUUCCUCUUCGUCAGCGUCGGACAAACUUAGGAAAGAAGGUAACAGGGAAUUGGAGAGGGCCAGCAACACCACAUCACGGGCCCAUUGUCUAAGGAAGCAGCGGCUAGAGAAAGCCUGGAGCUUGUACUCCCAAGCGCUUGGAGUAUCUCAUCGGGACGUGGACAAGGCUUCCUGCCACAAGAACCUAGGUGCAGCCAACUGGAGACUAGCGUACCUGGUUCUGGACAUCGCUAAGCUAAAGGGGGACAGCGUGGCUUCCAAGUCCUGGCCAUCUUCAAGCUCUACGUCGGAGAGAAGUGCGAGCAAUGGCGAUGGUGAGCUCGAAGGAGCAGAAGAUGGCGGUCACGUCGAAGGUGACGGUGCCUUCUACGGUUUGGUGGAAUGUCUGUCUGAGGAGGAGGCAGAACAGUUCUUUGAAAGAGCGCAGGAAUCGCUGUCCAAUUACGUUCAAGGGCUUAUCUAUUGCAAUAGGAACAGACAGAACGUGAGGAUAGGACCAGCGGGAGGGAGCACCAGCGCAUGGUUGGAGUAUGUGGAGAAGAAGGUGGACACGAUAACGAUGAGGAUUCUUCUAGCAUUGAAGAUAACGCUCGAUCCGGACGGACGAGUGGGCAAACUCCGCGCAGUGUGCCGAGCUCUGGCACAGGCGAUAGACGUGAGGCGAUGCCUCAAGGCAGUCGAGAGAGCGAACUUGUCGCUGGCCAAGGCGUUGUUCAUUGGCGCAUUGGAGGCUUUCUCCAGCAGCACGGGUGGCAAGAGUGCGGAGGCGUCGAGGGAGCACAAGGAAAAGAAGGCGAAGGAGAGGGAGGGGAGGGUGAAGGAGGAGGAGGAGGAAGAAGAAGAGCCUGAGGAGGAGGACCCAUGUUUUGAGACGUCGAAUAGACGUGGACGCAAGGCUGCCGCAGGAGGAAAGUGCGACAAACAAGCUGCUGAACGGAAGGAAAAGAAAGCCCGUCGCCAACAACAACUUUACCAGCGCUGCGUCUCUCUGUUGGGCGAUACUUAUCAGCCAAUCACGAUCGUAGAGUCGGUGGUGCGUAUUCGGGGAGAGGCUGACUCAGCCGGGUCUGAGCUCUUGUCAGAGCUGCGGGACCAAAUCCAUCAUCUGCAGUUCGCCUGCCAGUCUAUUCAAGCUCGAUCGGCGGGGGAUCAAAUCCUGCGCAGAGUGCUCGGUAGUUGCUGUUCGUCGGGGGCUGACGGUAAAGACAAGAGCCUUCGCAUUGAGGACGUCUGCUCCGCUAUGGACCUUUACAAGCAGUCUUGGGUGCUAGCACCAGAGGCUGACGUGGAGAUUGAAGCCGUGACACUUGGCAGGAUGGCCAGCGUGUACAGCGUCAUCCUCAAGAUGCCGGAUCAUGCCCAUAAGUAUCAUCUGCAGGUGGUGCAGCUAGCUCUUCCCGUCAUGAAGGAAAGGAUAAUGAAGUCCAGCUGGUACACGAGAAGCAACCAAGCCGUGUCCGAAUACCAGGAGAAGCAACGUGCAAGGGAGGUGGAGGAAGAGGCAGCCAAGCUGAAGAUAAACCGGGAGAUGAUAGAGAUGGAGCUGAAAGAACUGAAGGCGGAGGAAAGCGAGGGCGCGGAGGCGUUUUUGAAAUUCUUGUAUAGCAAGUACCCGCCCAAGAACCCAGAGCACAAGAUGCCUGAGGUCGGCUCCCCCUCUGUCACCAAAAGGGCUCUGAUGGCUGCUCGCCUUCAUUACCAUCCUGACAAGAACAUGAGUCACGGAGUGAAAUGGCGUUUCAUCUGCGACGAGAUUCUCAAGAUUCUGAAUGCCAAAUACGAGAUCUGCAAGGACCUCACUUCUUGAACUCUAACCUUUUCCUAAAGU